GUUAGGGGCGGAGAUGCUCCUAGGCCAACAUAGCGCCAACACUCUACAGAACCGAAAACGACGACGUCUGGUCCCUGCAACGCAAUGCUGCUGGGAGCUCGAAAAAUCAGCAUACACUGGUGUCCUCGUCGUCCAAAUCUCAGCCUCUCCCAUACUCCAAGCACCAAGCUCAACUCCCACAUCUCAGCCUCGUUGCAUUCUCUCUGUCAGGUCGAGGAAUUGGACGACUUCUUGCCGUGGUUGGAGCGCAAGGCCAGCACCAAGAUAUCGUCCGUGCUUUCGAUUGGGAAAUCGGCCUACGGAAGGUCUCUGUUUGCUUCGAAGACCAUAAGAGCCGGAGACUGCAUAUUGAAGGUUCCAUUCAACGCGCAGCUAGCUCCGGAUAAUCUCAAUCCUGAACUGAAAGCUUUGCUAAGUGAUGAUGUUGGCGAUGUUGCCAAGCUCGCCAUUGUUGUUUUGCUUGAGCAGAAAAUGGGCCAUGAUUCUGAAUGGGCCCCUUACAUAAGCCGUCUUCCUCGCCCAGAGGAGAUGCAUAACACAAUAUUUUGGAGCGAAGGUGAGCUGGAGAUGAUUCGUCAAAGCUCUGUGUAUCAGGAAACAAUUAAUCAAAGAUCUCAAAUACAACAGGAGUUUUUGGCAAUUAGGACGGCUCUCAAGAACUUUCCUGAAACAUUCGAAAGUAUCACCUAUGAGGAUUUCAUGCAUGCAUAUGCUUUAGUUACUUCUCGAGCAUGGGGAAGCACAAAGGGCUAUUCCCUGAUCCCAUUUGCUGAUUUUUUGAAUCAUGACGGGACUUCAGAAUCAAUUGUGUUGAGUGAUGAAGACAAACUUUUUUCAGAGGUACUUGCUGAUCGUAAUUAUACUCCUGGUGAACAGGUUAGAUGCUACUUAAUUGGGAUGACUUUCUCCCCUGUUUAAAGAAUUACAUGUACCCUUUUGAAUAUUUUUUUUUGGUUUGAAAAAUUGAUGAAUUUGUCUUUGUUUUUGGUAGAUAGUUCAUUAACAUUUUCA